GUGUAAACUAGUCAGGAUUUAUUUUUAUACAGCAACGGUUAAUCUUACAGUAAUAUUUGUUAGUUCAAAAACUGUUUAAAUUUUGCUUAAAACAUUUAAAUUAAUCCCUUCAAAGUAUUUAAAAAUUAUUCAUAGCAAUUUAUAAGAUAGGGACAACACCGGAAGUUGUAAAACAACUUCUUACAAGCGAAAUCUUGAGGAACGCAACUUGGCACGGGUAAUUUCCUCGAAAAAAAACGUUUUGAAAACAUGCCACGAAGGAAGAAAUUCGUGGAAAAAUCAGGGCCCACUUGUGACCAAAUUCUUCCCUCCCUAAACGAAGAUGUUACUCCCUUCAUCUGUUCCUGGCUGCCCCUCCACGACGUGAAAAACUGUCGCCUCGUCUCCCGAAGUUGGAACAUCUCUGCCAAACCGAUCCUCAAGCAGAAAAGUGUUAUCAAACUCGAAUGCGACUUCAAUACAAAGGAAAUCGCUCGAAAUGCAAAGUUCAAGCGAGAAAUGACCGCUUUCGGACGACCCCUCCACCACGUGGACAUCGACACGUGGAACAUUGCCAACCUUGACUUGGGGAGCGAACCUUAUCUCGACAAUGUCCACUUUUUCACAAAGUACCUCUCCGUGCAAAGGUUGGGCAUAUCGCUGGGAAUUAAUUCGGUGUGGAUGCCCCAAUUUUUGGAACAGGUAUUACUCUAUUCUGCCCACACCUUGGUCGAAUUAGAUCUGCAUAUUUUUGAGGAUUCACUUAAAGAAGGCGACUCCCGAGCAGGAUUUUGUGGCGGGAAGAUAUUCAAUACCGUAAAAAAGCUGACACUGACAUUUGCCACGCUAUUUUGGCGAAUUGUGCCACCCAGGGUACCGGGGGUCCACUACACUUCCGUACCACAAAUUUUGGCCGCUUUCCCAAACAUUGUCGAAUUGAGAGUUACCGGAUCCCUGCUCCCAGUUCUGUUUGUUGAGGGGAGUCCAUCUCCAAGAUUCUUGUCCAAGUUAUGUGUCACAAAUGGCAUGUCAGGUUCCCAAUGCAACGCCUUGCUAAAUCUAACCCAACCCUUGAAGCAUUUAUACAUCAAGUCCGCCAGUGACCCACGCGACCCCGACUGGGAGGAUGGCGUCGACAUCGAGGUUUCUCAAUGUUUGUAUGAAGUCCUCUCCAAAAAUCGCCACACUUUGGAAUACCUUGACCUACUAUUGGAUAAAUUGCGGGCCGGUUGUGUCUGGAAAUUUCCAAGUUUUCCGAAUCUGAAACGCCUCAAUUUUAUGGAGGGGUUGGGUGCCCAGAAAUAUUACGAUUGUGAAGUUUCUUUUGAUGGCUCGGAUAUUUUAAAUUACUCGGAAACAUUUCCAAACCUGCAAUCAUUAAGUUUCUCACCGUGGGAUGGGAAUUGGACGCGUUGUUUCGAGUCGUUUUUUCCUGAGGAGGCAAGAGUUUGUAAAAGUGUGACGAACUUUGAGAUUUUGGAUAAGGUUCAACCGGAUAAUUUGGCCGAUAUGUUUGUGAAAUUUGCCGAGGGGAAGAUUGACGCCAGGUUUGGGAGGAUUUUGAAAUUGUUUCCGAAUGUGGACAACCGUUUUAUGAAUGAAUUGAGGAGUUAUUUGGUAAAGAUGGGACACAUUUGUGAUUAAUUGAAUUCGUUUUCAGUAGAUUUUACAGAACCGAUCAUAUCAGGACCGAUAAGUGUUAUUUCAUUUAGUUAAGAUUUAGUUGAUACAUAAUUAAACUAGUAAUUAUACAUAUGUUUCAAUUUGAAAUUUUCAAAUUUAAAUUAUAAUUUGUUUAUCCUAAAAACGUAAUUUGAAGUUAGUCUUGCUAAUAUUUAUUUAGCAAGUUAAUAAACAUCUUUUUCAUUCCUUUGUUACGAAUUUAAAUUGUUAUGUCUGUUUUAAAUUUUUUAAAUAAAGAACCAUGCCCACAUUUUUAGAUCAGGGGGAGCAUGGCGAAAUUUAAUAGUUAAUUUACCGCAGCUGAUACAUACAUAUGUAUAUAUGGAAUACGCCCUUUCGGCGAAAAAAAUAUUUCGCGAAAAUGUUUCGCCAAAAAAUAGCUAAUCACAUUUGACGAAAAUAAAAUUCACUCAUUUUGGAUACAA